AUGCCGUCCGCCGAGACGGGGGCAGCCCUUUGCAACCGCUGCAAGACAAAUGAAGCCUUGCACACAAUGCGCAAUGAAACCGUAUGCUCACCAUGCUUCAAAUCCUUCAUCUCCCUCAAGGCCGUCAAGCGCCUUGAGCAGCUACAGCGCGAUACGCGCACAGGCGGCAGCGGCAGCGGAAGCGGAGGGCAAGGAGGAUCAUCGGGCCCGCCUCGCACCCAACGGUACCUCCUGGCCCUGUCGCCCGGUGGGGUGAGCUCGACGGCCCUGCUGAGCGCCCUGUGGGAGAAUCAGCGACAGCAGCGCGAGCGCGGCCAAAAGGUGCGGUUUGAGCUGCUCGUCGCCGUCGUCGAUACCGAGCUGAGGGGUGGUGGUGGUGGUGAUGACGACGAGACGACAUCUGCUGCUGCUGCUGCUGCUGCCAAUGAUGAAGCCGCCUUCUUUGCCCGCUAUGCCGAGCGCUUCCCGGGCACGCAGUUCCGGCGCGUGGCGCUCGAGGAUGCGCUGGGUCUCGAUACGGUGGACUGGACGGCCCUGCCCAGCGUGGACACGUCUCUGGCCUCUCCGGCCCGGCGCCUCGCGGACCUGCUCUCGCGCCUCCCGUCGACCACGUCGCGGGCCGACGUGGUGCGCCUGCUGAUCCGGCACCUCCUCGUCCAGACCGCCGUCCAGGCGUCCUGCGGCGUUGUGCUCAUGGGCUACAAUACCACGUCGUUGGCCGAGCUGACCCUGUCCGAGACGGCCAAGGGGCGCGGCUUUGCGGUGCCGUGGGGUGUGAAUGACGGUUGGGUAAACCUGCCGCGCGUGAAAAGACUGCCACCGAGGGCUGAGACGGCAGAAGGGGAAGAUAGCGCCACAAAGGAAGAAGAGGACAAGGGGGAGAUUGAUGCCAGCGUCAAAAUGCUCAUCUACCAUCCACUCCGUGAACUCUUCCGCAAGGAACUUCUCAUUUACAGCGGUCUCACAUCACCGCCACUAACGCCGCUGCUGAUCGAGAACGGCAACCGGUCGGCGGCCGUGGUAUCGCACAAGGACCUGAGCAUCGACGACGUCAUGGCGCGGUACUUUGCCGAGGUCGAGGAGAAUUACCCGAGUGUCGUCGCCAACGUGGUGCGGACCACGGGCAAGUUGAACCGUGCCGGGAAUGUCGAGAAUGGAAGCUGCGGACUCUGCGGCCUGGGGCUCGACGAGGUUGGUGAUGAGCGGUGGAGAGGAGAGCUGGGAGAGCAGAAAAACGAGAGCGAUGGCAGGGGGCGGUUGUGUUAUGGAUGCGAGAGGUCCGUCUAUGGAUGA